UGUAAAAAGCAGAAUGCAGUAUAUAGAUGCGCUAGGAAAUGUUUAUAGAAAAGACAGCAGCAUAAAUAGGUGGGUGGGCAUAGAGCACAUGCAUAUUUUGAAGGAGAAGCCAAAAUUGGAGCAUGGAAAUUCAAUCUACAACUAUGAAUUUUGUGAAAAUCUUCCUGUUUCAGCAAUUGCUCUAAAUCAAACCGAUUCAUUGGCUGUUUUAGACAGCUUAGAUAAAGAAACAUCUAUGUAUGUAUUGGACACACUCUUAAGCAAUCGAGCGUACAUUCCAGACCAUAAAAUACUGCAGUGCAUUUCAAAGGAGGCCAUUCUAGAAUGCUCCCAUAAAAUAGGAGGCAGCACUAUUAUAGAAGAGCUUUCUAAUAGAAUAAAAGAAAAAAAGGAGUGCAUAGACACGCAUGUGGGUGAACUAGUGGAAAAGGCGGUGAGGGUAGGCAUGGUGCUAAAUAAUGAUGAAUAUGCAUACAGAACAGUGCAAUUUCUGGGUAUAUCAAAAUAUCUGCCCAAAUAUAAUUACAUGAUGCACUCAAGACACAUAGUGCCAGUAAUAGAAUAUGAAAAAAUAAUAAGAUAUAUAAAGAAGCACCCGCUGAGUAUAUACUGCACAGUAACAAAAGGUCUAAAGAGCCCCAUUGAUGCCUCCAGACUAGAGUGCAGAAUACCGCAAGACACUGGCACUAAAUUAUAUAAAGAGGGCAGGCACGCAGAAGUUCAGAAAGAGAUUGAUAGCAUAAUCGGCCUGCCUAUUUCUGUUAUUGAAUCUGUGUUUAGCAAAUGCAGGCAGAAGAGGAGAAAAGAGAUUAUCCAGACAAUAAAUAGCACAGCAUGCGAUGUUGGGCUUAAAAGCUGUAGAGACGCCUUUUACGCGGAGGCAUUCAAAGGCUCCAGAGCAGCAGAAGAGUCUGUGCAUCUAGAAAUAAAUCUAGAGAAGGAGUAUGCCCGCCUAGAAGAAGAAAGAAGGAUAUUAAGUGACACAGAAGAGGGAGAAAUAAAGUAGAAUAUUUAC